UGAUAGAACCAGUCCAUCCCAAUGAAGAAAUAGACUUUUCUUCCUUCAACAUUCUGCAAAUACAGGAACUCAUUUCAUGCAUAGCGAAAGCUAUAGGCCUUUCUUCUUGUCGGUGGACCGCCACUAUCAAGGGACCAUUUAAGCUCUAUCGGCCCUUCUUGAAACUAAUUAAAGCAUAUUGUUGAAGUUACUAGCCGCUGGACGGUCUUGAGUUUGAGGAGAUUCCUACCGAUUUGCGAGCAAUCUUGACAAUCAACAUGGAGCAGCAGCAGUUUGAGUUCUUUGCGAAUGAAAAGCUUGAAGAUCCCGAAAUCGUAGACCCAGAGCUUGAAUUGAUGAAAGACCGAUUCGCGAAGCUAUUGCUGGGAGAGGACAUGUCUGGAGGGGGAAAAGGAGUCAAUACAGCAGUUACAAUCUCAAAUUCCAUAACUAAUCUUUACGCAACUGUAUUUGGGCACAACCAUAAGUUGGAGCCCCUGCCGAAGGAGAAGAAGGCGAUGUGGAGACGAGAAAUGGACUGUCUUCUGUCAGUCUGCGACUACAUGGUUGAAACACAGUCCUCCUUGCAGGUCUUACAAGACGGGACUCCCAUCGAGGUAACAUUGUUAGUGAACUAUGCCUUCUCUGGCAAGAAACCGUUCUUCCGAGUCAUCGCAAGCAUGCAUAUUGAAGUACAAGUCAUCAGUACCAAAGUGCGAGUCAUGCGAUCUAGUAACUUCAUUCAGGUGAUGAUGACCCAGACUAGAUCAGACAUCUGUGUUAAUCUCCCCGCAUUACAGAAGCUUGAAGCGAUGCUCAUAGAAAUUUUGGAUAAUUUCCAAGACACUGAAUUCUGGUACGAAGAACAGGGAAGCAGGUCCUCGAAAUCAGUGUCCUCGGGAUCGUUCACCAGAAUCGAGCUCCGGAAAGAGGAGAAAUGGUGGGUGCCUGUCCCAUGUGUUCCCCCGGGAGGCCUAUCGGAGGAAUCAAGGAAGAACCUCAGACACAAACGGGACUGCGCAAAUCAGAUCCACAAAGCAGCAAUGUCGAUCAACAGCAGCAUCUUAUCGGAAAUGGAAAUUCCAGAUUCGUACAUGACGACCCUCCCAAAGAGCGGGAGAUCGAGCUUGGGAGACUCGAUCUACAAACAGAUGUACGUGCCGGAGAAUUUCUCCCCCGACUACCUCCUCGACUGCCUGAACAUAACGUCAGAGCACGAGGCCUUGGAGCUGGCAGAUAAGGUGGAGGCAUCCAUGUACACAUGGCGUCGGAAGGCUGGCCUGGGCCACUCAAAGUCGUCAUGGGACCUUGUCAAGGAUUUCAUGUCGGAGACUGAUAAUCGUAGCGACAAGAACACGGUUCUAGCAGAGAGGGCAGAGAGCCUCCUCUUCUGCCUGAAGCAGAGGUUCCCCAAGCUCUCCCAGACGAGCUUGGACAUCUGCAAGAUUCAGUGCAAUCAGCUAGCGAUGUCAGCUGAAACUCAGAAUACGUCCUCAUCUGCAGGACAUGGGGAAGGCGGCAUUGGAGAGCUACUCGAGGAUACUGGAAGGUCUAGCAUUCAACAUCGUCUCUUGGAUCGAAGAUGUCUUCUCUACAGAUCGAUCAAUUAAUCAUGAGACUACUAAUAUUAACAAAAGCAAUUAGAAGUGAACGAACGAUAGGACUUCUUCGAAAUGUAAUCCAGAUGCAUCACGUAUUGCAGAGUACAUGUUAUCAGGGGUCUACUUAUUUAUCAUAACGUUUUCAAGCA